AUGUCGAUGGUUAUUGGGCGUGAUGGUCUGCGGGGAAGACGGUCAAAUCCAUGGGAUGGCAACGAAGAUGUCGGCGCGGGAAGAACUCGGAGCCGGACACUCUCGGUCUCGGAGCGGAUCGGGUGGGCGGACGGGAACGAAGAGGAACGAGGUGUCCGCGGAAACCCCACAGCAGCCCAAGUUGCCUGCCAACCCAGGGUGGUUUUGUUUGCUCGAGAACUCGAUGUUCGACGGAAUUAUGGUCGACUGCGAAUAUAUAUAUUUUCCGAUCUUCGUCUGUUGUGUCGCGUGUCUGCUAAGGACUUGAUGUGA